AUGGCAGCACCACAAAAGGGACAUGCGCCGAACCUCGAGAAGUUCCUCAAGUCGCUUAAGGGGCGACCGCUGGAUGCUUCGAUAGAGUCCUUAAUAUCUCUCCUCAAGCGGAGACAAAUCACCGGUGCCGACAAAUGCGCGAUCGCAACAGCCCACAUCCUCCUCCACGUCGUUGCAAAGUCAAAGUGGACCGGUGUCGACCAGCUCCUUGACCGGGUCGAGAGGGUUGGCCGGAAGCUCGUUCUCGCGCGGCCUCAAGAGCUGGUUAUUGGCAACGUUGUGCGCCGCGUCUUGGGUCUCAUUCGCGACGAGGCCGAGGAGGACCGCGGCGGCAAUGGCGAUGACUCCAUGUCUGACGUUUCGGCCCUACCUGGUGACGAGCCGAAUGUGGCCUCUGCAGAUGCCUCGCCCCCGUCUCGACCAGUCCCUCGCAUGGGCCUGCUCACUUCCACCAGUUCCUUCCACGCCCCGCAGUCCAUGUUCAAUCUGCUCGCCAACUCGCCCAAGCUGGAUAGGAGCUCGGCAGGGUCGCCCUUUGGAAGGGGCUCUGGCGCUUCCACCCCCAUGUCACACGCGCAAGUCGCCAACAACUCGGCUCUACGUUCGGAGGUCAUUGAUGGUAUUGAGGAAAUCAAGGACGAGAUCAGUCAGGUGGAUGACCAGAUUGCAAGCUUCGCCGAGGUCCAGAUACACCCGGGGCACCACGUCUUGGUCUACAAGCCAAGCCCAACAGUCGAGAGGUUCUUGAUUGCGGCCGCGAAGAGGAGGAAAUUCACCGUCUUCAUCGCCGGUGCAACGAUUCCGAAGGCAUCUGAGGAGUCUCCAUACGCGACGUUGCGCAAGCAGCUGAGCAAGUUCGGUGUAAAUACGAUCAACAUCUCGGGAAGCGGCAUCACUGCGUACAUGGCAAGUAUCAAUGUGGUGAUCCUCGAUGCUCAGGCUGUGACCGCGAACGGCUCAGUCAUCGCUGUCGGAGGCGCUGCAGUGGUCGCAAGGGCUGCCCGCGAAUAUAGCAAGACAGUGAUCGUGCUGGGCGGCGUGUUCAAGCUCUGCCCUGAGGACGAGCCAGACCUGGAUGCACUCGUCCAGGUCGGAAGCCCCAUGGACCUGGUCGGUUACGACGGCCACAUGGUCGACAUUGAUGUCGAGACCACAACCUCCGAGUACAUUGUUCCAGACUUGGUCGACAUCUACAUCACAAACCUGGGACCACAUUCUCGAGACCAUCUCCAAGGUGUUGUUGCUGACCACUAUAAAAUCGAAGACGUGGACUUCCUGAUCCAGUGA